GUGAUCUAGAAUCAGUGCAUCGUAAAAUAGUAUUGUUAGUAGAAUCUCAAGUAAAAGAAGUCCGUACAACUAUUUCUUCUCAACAUAUGAAAUCUCUUCUGCAAUCUCUUACACAACUGUAUCGAUUCUGGACACUACACCAACAAGCUACUGUUUAUGCCCAGCUGGAAGAGCUAACAUAUAUUCCUCUCACUGUAGUAGAAAAUCUAGUUAUUAAUAGACCACGAGAAAAACCAGUUGGGGCAAAAAAUCAAAAAUCUGUACGACGAGAUCCAUCUGCAUUUGAGAUUGCUGAAAAAAGGCCAAGACAAUGUAGUACAUGCCAUCAAAUUGGUCAUAAUUGCCAAACAUGUCCCAAUAAAUAA